AUGAAAGACAAAUUUAUUGAAAGCUACAACCCUUUUAUUACAGUUUAGAAGUUUAUGAGGAAAAUGUAGUUUUGUUGUUCCUUAUUGCAGAUACUUAGUGAUGAUAGAACUACUUUAAUGCUUAAGAAUCUUCCUAAAUACAUGAGACCAAGUGAUCUAAAAAAUCUCUUAGACAUAGACUUUAAGUAUUAAUUUGAUUUUCUCUAUUUACCAUCUGAUAAUAAUUAAGAAGGGAAUUUAGGCUAUGCAUUUGUGAAUUUCCUUUAUCCACAAACAGUAUUAUAAUUCUUUAAGAAAUACAAUAAUAACAAAUGGAGUAUAAAUGAUAAAGUAGACAAAGAUAUUUAUUAUAAAAGCAAAUCUGCCUAUUGA